GCCUCGCUCAACAAAAAAGCUUUUAUGCGUCCACGGCCAUUACCGCCAGCCCCGUGAUUGGAUACUGCCCGCGGCCCAGAGCCAGAAAAAUUUUAGGCCGAGUUCGUCGACACAGCGCGCAGAAAACGGCUUUUGUCCCCUCUCACACACUUGGACUCUUGAAUUUCUACCAUGGCGCAGUUCGAUGCAAAGCGGGACAGGGACGUAAAGUUUGAGACAAGCAAGGGCAUCAAGGUCGUGACGACCUUUGACGACAUGGGUCUGAAGGAGGACCUCCUGCGGGGCAUCUACGCCUACAACUUUGAGCGGCCCUCGGCUAUCCAGCAGCGGGCCAUCAUGCCCAUCAUCAGCGGCCGCGAUGUCAUCGCCCAGGCGCAGUCGGGCACAGGCAAAACCGGCACCCUGGGCAUCUCCAUUUUGCAGCGCAUCGACACGUCGCUGCGGGAGACCCAGGCGCUGGUUCUGUCGCCGACGCGUGAGCUGGCGACGCAGACGCAGGGCGUAGUCAAGGCGCUGGGCGACUACAUGAGCGUGCAGUGCCAUGCGUGCAUUGGCGGCACAAAGAUGAGUGAGGACUUCCGGAAGCUGGAGCACGGCCAGCAUGUGGUUUCGGGCACGCCCGGCCGAGUGUACGACAUGCUGAAGCGGCGCGUGCUGAGGGCGCGCAACAUGAAGAUGCUGGUGCUGGACGAGGCCGACCAGCUGCUGGACCGCGGAUUCAAGGACCAGAUCUACGACAUCUACCGCCAUCUGCCGCCAUCCACCCAGGUCGUUCUGCUGAGUGCAACCCUGCCGCACGACGUGCUGGAGCUGACGCAAAAGUUUAUGACCGAGCCCAUGCGCAUUCUGGUCAAGCGCGACGAGCUGACGCUCGAGGGCAUCAGCCAGUUCUUUGUCAAUGUCGAAAAGGAGGACUGGAAGUUUGAGACGCUCUGCGACCUCUAUGACAGCCUGACUAUCACCCAGGCCGUGAUCUUCUGUAAUACCCGCGCAAAGGUCGACUGGCUGACGCGGCAGAUGGAGGACGCCAACUUUACUGUGUCGGCGAUGCACGGCGAGAUGCUGCAGAAGGAGCGCGACGCCAUUAUGACAAAGUUCCGGCAGGGCACGUCCCGCGUUCUGAUCACCACCGAUAUCUGGGCUCGUGGCAUCGACGUGCAGCAGGUCUCGCUGGUCAUCAACUACGACAUGGGCACAGAUCGCGAAAACUACAUCCACAGAAUUGGUCGGUCUGGGCGCUUUGGCCGCAAGGGCGUAGCCAUCAACUUUGUCACCAACGACGACAUCAAGGUGCUGCGGGAUAUUGAGCAAUACUACGGCACACAAAUCGACGAGAUGCCAGUGAAUGUCACCGAUCUGCUGUAAUAAAAAAAUGCAUAUUUGGUAGCCCAAAAUACACUGGCGCAAGAGUCCUGGGCCAAUGUCUGGCUGAGCCGCAGCGCGAUUCGUGUGGCAGCUCCGAACAUCCCUUCUCUUUCCAUCAGCCUCUGAUAAUGUCCGACGGUGUCAUGUCUGCGCUCACGACAAAGCUGCCGCUCUGGCAAGUACUGCUCUUCGGCAGCACCACUUUUAUCGCCGGCCGCUUCCUUGCCCGCUACGGCGCCAGGGCCCUGCACACCACCGCUGCUGCCCAGAAGAAGCCCAAGCAAAAGCAGGUCGAGCCCGCGUUUGGCGAGGACACCAAGCUCGUACUCAUUGUCCGCACC